AUGGAUGGGGCAUCCCUGCGGGACGUGGGGCACGGGGCUAGCGCCGGUAUCACGCCACGGGCUUCCGCCAAAUCAAAGGCAACGUGCAAACACGGACGACAUGGCGUGAUACCAUUCUUGCCGGAUGCUGUUGUAGAUUGGGCUCGUGACCACAGAGUUCAUCAUAAAUACAGUGAGACCGACGCAGACCCUCAUAAUGCCAAGAGGGGCUUUUUCUUCUCCCACGUCGGCUGGCUCUUGUGUAAAAAGCAUCCGAUGGUGAAAGAGAAGGGCAAAGGAAUCGAUAUGUCUGAUCUAUACGCCGAUCCCAUUCUUUAUUAUCAGAAGAAAUUUUACAUCAUUUUGAUGCCCCUUAUUUGCUUCAUUUUGCCAACGGUGAUACCGAUGUACUGUUGGGGUGAAACUUUCGCCAAUGCUUGGACCGUCAAUCUGUUCAGAUACAUUUUUACCCUCAAUGUCACCUGGUUGGUCAAUUCUGCCGCCCAUCUUUACGGAUCAAAACCAUACGACAGAUAUAUAAAUCCGGUUGAGAACACAAGUGUUUCGAUACUUGCUCUGGGGGAGGGUUGGCACAAUUACCACCACACGUUUCCAUGGGACUAUAAGACUUCUGAACUGGGAAAGUACAGCACCAACUUCACGUGCAUCUUUAUAGACUUCAUGUCUAAAAUUGGAUGGGCUUAUGAAUUAAAAACCGUCUCUCCGGAAAUGAUAAAACGUCGCGUCGAAAGGACCGGGGAUGGUACUCACGAUCUUUGGGGAUGGGGCGACAAGGACCAGACCAAGGAAGAAAUAGACCAGGCGACCAUUAUAAACAGAAAAAAUGCUUAAACAAAUAGUAAAAUACAUUCUCACUAUACGACUGAAGAAGUAAAGCAUUGUUACUAAAAAAUACUAUAAUUUAAUUACUAUAUAUAACACAUUAUGUAGUUAUUUUGUUACGUUUUUGUAAUUUAUUACUUUUUUGUGGAGCUUGAGUGUGCUAAUUAGUGUAGAUAAGACAAGCAAGAUUGCAACAGGGAAGAAAUAGGGAGAGGAAGCCUCCCUUUAUUCUUUUUCUUUUGUGUUUUUUUUUAUAUUAGCUUUAGUAUUUCGUACAAAAAGUACGUAAGGACUCUACUAUAAUAUUUGUUACUGUACAGACUGACGUUGUUAAUGAUUGUCCUAAUAAUAUGCUCGUGAUAUCUGCUAAGUUUAGUUUUGUACAAAAUAGAUACAUAAAUAGAAAGAAAAACGUUGUUAGUUAUGUAAGGU